AAAAAAAAACCACCUUUCCCCACCAAUUAUUUUCCUAAUCCCAAUACUCCUAGUGUUAUUGUACUAUCACUACCAAAUUUAGCAUCACUAGAUCUACCGCGUUUUUUUCUACUUUUUUUUUUUUUUUGCCCUAUUCACCUCUUUUCUUACUUACAACCCAAACAUGGCACACCCUAAUUCCAAUUCUAGCACAAAAUUAGAAGAUGAAUCAGAAGACGAUAAUCAAGAAAUCGGGCAAAACCCGAUUUCACUCGACUUAAACCUUUGUUUUAAGCCAAAUAAGGAAUCGAGUUACGAAAACAGCGGCGACGGUGACGAUAAAAUGACAGGGGAAGAGAUUAUACCACCAAAUAACAAUAGAGUCUUCUCGUGUAACUACUGUAGAAGGAAAUUCUUUAGCUCACAGGCACUUGGUGGUCACCAAAAUGCCCAUAAGAGGGAGAGAACUAUUGCGAAACGCGCUAUGCGAAUAGGUGCUUUGGCUGACAGACACGUUAGUUUAGCUUCUCUCCCUCUUCAUGGGUCUUUGUCUUCGUCUCCUGGUUGCUCCUUCCCAAGUCGACCCUCAAUAGACAUUCAAGCUCAUCACGGAUCUAUGAUGAUGAUGAUGCACCCGCAUCUUCACCCGUCUACGGUCCCACAUCAAAAUCAGCAACCUCACUACAACGGUUAUAGUCAUCUUCUUCAUCAUUCCGAGCAGAGGUUGCCUGCUCAUCACGCCGGAGGUGAUGGUCCCGCCGCCAAGUUUGAAGGCCAAAAUGGGUAUUUACUUGGUGGUGUUCCCGUGUUCAGUGCGGUGCCGUUUUGGCCUGGAAGUUUCCGGCAGGUUGAUGAUGAGGCUGAAAGUUCUUCAGCUAUUACUACUAUUUCUAAUAAUAAUAAUAAUAAUAAAAAUAGUGAUACUACUAUUACUACUACUAAUAAUAAUAUUAGUAGUAAUAAUUGUUAUAAUUAUAGUUAUAAUCAGCUUGAAUACCCAGAUUCUUGUCCUGAUCUUACAUUGAGGCUUUGAUGAAGCAUAAUUAUAAUUUUUAUUAUUAUUAUUAUUAUUAUUAUUAUUUUGGGUUUUGUUCUUUCUUUUGAUUAUAUUCUUCUUUUUUAUGUUGGUUAGAAUUUUUUUUAAUGAGAAUUAUUAAUUGUUUAGAAUUUUGUACAGGAGAUAUGGCACAAAUAAUCAUUAUUUGUCAAAUGAUGACUCUUUUUGCAGUGUCUUGUGAGUUAUGACCAAUCUUAAUUUGUAUUGUUUGGGUUAGAAAACAUGUACAUAUUGAUCUAUUUGGCGAAUUAUCCUAUUUAUAAAAGUUUUAUUUGUAUGGU